AUGUCGCUCUACACCAAAUUCAUGAAAGAGAUCCUCACCAAGAAGGGGAAGUACAUUGACAAUGAAAGUAUUAUGGUGGGAGGCAACUACAGCACAGUGAUACAAAGGAAGCUGCCUAAGAAAUUCGAAGACCCCAGGAGUGUGACUAUCCCUUGCACUAUAGGGAAGGAGUUGGUAGGAAAGGCCCUCAUUGACUUAGGAGCAAGUAUCAAUUUGAUGCCCAUGUCAAUGUGUAGGAGAAUUGGAAACCUAAAGAUUGAACCUACAAGGAUGACACUCCAGUUGGCAUACUGCUCCAUCACAAGACCAUUCGGGGUAGUUGUAGACAUCCUGGUCAAAGUCCAUCACCUCACUUUUUCGGUGGACUUUGUAAUCAUGGACAUUGAAGAAGAUGCUGAAAUCCCCUUGAUUCUAGGUCGGCCUUUCAUGGUGACUGCAAAGUGUGUUGUAGACAUGGGGAAGGGUAAUUUGGAGAUGAGUGUGGAAGACCAAAAAUCUACAUACAACUUGUUUAAGGGAAUUAAGCAUCCUAGUGAUAGCAAGACUUGUUUUAAGGUGGAGGAAAUUGAGCAAAAAGCUAACCCCGUUGGGGGGCGCCUAAAUUCUGUGGUCCUAGAAGAAGAUAAAGCCAAGCCAGUUGAGAAUCAUGCAGACUCUUCUAGGGUCUUUUUAGGGCCAAUACAGGUCAAGAUUUGA